CCCGCAAGUCACUCCGUGUUCAACUGUCAUUGGUGGUUUUUGAUUCUUCCUGCUUCGGGGAUGAUGUUGUAGAUUGUAGUAGUAUUACUUCGAAAUAAAUUAUAAUAACGUGAAUAAUGUCAAUAAAGUUAGCAACGUGUGAAUAAAAUGUAUUAAUAUUCGUAUUAAAAUUAUUUCAUUGAUACAAACUUGGAAUCUGUUGUUUUGGUACAAUGAGAUUCACCGGUUUCUUAUUUUCUGUAAUUACUUUGUUUUACGUUAAUAAUUGUUUAGCGACUAAUAAUGACCUGCCAAAACGUGAGGAGAAGAAAGCAAAGUCAGUCACUUCAUUCGUUAGUGCGAAAUGGGAGUCUACACCAAUAGUCUUGGAGUUGGCUGAAUACCUUGCUGGCGAGAGCUCGGAUCUUUUCUGGUCGUUUGUUGACGAGAUAAACUCUCUGAAGUCUAGUCUUGAGAGCUUAGAGACUGACAAAGAAGUGUAUGAUGCAUGUGUUGGCGUUACUAGUACCUUGCUGGCUCCAGCCCAGCUACGCAUGGCCAAAUUAGCACUCUCUAUGCACUUGACUUCGCCAACUGUUCAUAUGUUUGAUCAGAUUUCUACCCAAAAUGGAGCAAAGAGUGUGCAAUGUGAUACAUUUGUUGACAUCGCUUCAAGAAAAGUCUGUGAUAAUGAUGCAUUACGUGAUAUUCUUAAAUCCUAUGACCAGUAUGAUCCUGAAGAACACAAAUUAGAGACAUAUCUACUUGACCACUCUUUUCCCAGUAGUGACAAUAAAAGCUUAACCGCUAUAUUGUAUGGAGAACUUGGCAUGACUGAUUUUGCUACCAAACAUAAAAUAUUAGCUGCUUAUGCUGACAAAGGAGCCAUCAAUUAUGUUGUGAGAUGGAAUGUGAAGCCUCGAGGAAGGCCGAAAUUACGACUGUCAGGGUAUGGAGUAGAACUCCAGCUGAAGAGCACAGAAUACAAGAGCCAGGAUGACUCCAACCCUAAAGAAUCGGAAGGCGCUGAUGCCCCUACAGCAUCUGAGGAGGAAGAUGAAAAUGACCCUCAAAACCAAAUUGAUGGGUUCAACUUUGGCAGGCUGAAGAAUCUUUUCCCCGCGCUGCGUACUCCUCUCGAACGAUUCAGGCGUCACCUUUCGGAGUCCAGCGAAGAAUUAGAGCCGCUUAAAGUGUGGCAGAUGCAAGCGCUGAGCAUGCAAGCCGCAGCGGCGGUCAUCGACGCCAACGACGCCGGUGGCGACGAGUCGCUCAAAGUGCUCGCUUCUAUCGCACAGAACUUCCCCAUGCAGACGAAAUCCCUAAUCCACGUGAACGUGCCGCGCUCUUUCCGCGAUGAAGUGCUGUACAACCAAGACGUGUGGGCACAGUCGCUCGGGCUGCGGCCCGCGGAGCCGCUGCUGCUAGUAUCGGGCGCUCAGUACGAUGCUGAAGAAGUGGACGUUAUGGCGCUGCUGGCCGCUAUACGGGAGGACAUCGGGCCUAUGAACACUCUGCAUGCGCUAGGCCUAUCAAACAAGCUGAUAAACACUUUGAUGUCUCUCGAACUCGGCGAGUCCUUCACGUGGGAGGAAUACGGUCUAGAUAUGCGAGACACUGCAAUCACGUGGCUAAACGACCUGGAGGCUGAUGAGCGCUACCGUCGUUGGCCUUCGUCCUACAUGGAUCUGCUUAGGCCUACUUACCCGGGCAUGUUGAGGAAUCUGAGGAGGAAUAUCUACAACUAUGUGAUCAUAGUAGACCCGACGUCCUUAACCUCCGGGCCGCCGAUCAAGCUCGGCGAGACGCUACUCAAGCACGCUACUCCGGUCCGAGUGGGACUUAUCCUCGCGCCCGGUAGCGAAGACUCAAGACUCGAGGCCGCCGUGCGCUCGGCCUUCAACUACGUGGCUCAAGAGAGGAACUCUAACAAGGAGGCGUUUUACUUCUUGAGCCAGUUACUGCACCCUUCGCAAGAGGAGACACUGAACCUGGAAUACAUCAAGAAACAGUUGAAGAAGUACGCCAGCUCCGGUGCUGACUUAGAUGACAUUAUUGCGGAGGACUCGGAAUACAAUUUCGGCAGCCAAUUGGCAGAAGAGUUUGUUUCCAAGCUGGGAACAAACAAGUAUCCGCAGGUCUUGGUAAACGGAGUGCCCCUGUCAGAUGAAGGUUCUACCCCCGUGACGUCAUCAGUAGAGCUACUGGAAGAGGCGUUAGUGACCGCUCUGUCGCGCCACACGGGCCGCCUGCAGCGAUCCGUGUUCCGUGGAGAACUGUCUGAUUCAGAUGACGCUAUGGAUUACCUUAUGAAGCAGCCGCAUAUUAUGCCUAGACUCAAUCGCCGCGUUCUAGGAUCGGAGCCGUCACAAUACUUAGAUCUAUCUGGAGUGCCUUCCUCAACGGAGCUGUUUAGCGAAGAUAAGAUACACCGUCUGUUACAUUUGAGUGGUAGGGAUGCGCUUGCAACAGCUCUACCACUUUUGAAGUAUUUCACGAAGCCUGGGAAACCGGACAAAAUUACUCAAACCAUCUGGGUAGCGGGUGACUUGAACAAAAAGGAUUCUAGGGAAUUGUUAAGGAACGCGCUGACUUACAUGCGCGAGACAGGCGGCGUCCGCGUGGCGUUCCUGCCGAACGUAGACGGCGAUCCCGAAACGGACCAGUCGCUCAACAAGGUGGUUUUAGCCGCGCUCACGGCGUUAGAACCCGCCAAAGCCACCAAGUAUGUGGCUGAACUGCUGGAGAACGAAGGCUGCCAUGAGAGACAGGACUGUGAUAUACUGCCGGAGCUGGUCCCAGCGCUGAACAAAUACGAGUGGGUUCUGAAGGCGACGCGCGUUCUAUGCGCUCGCAGUUUACGGCUACGGGCCAGCGCACGCGCAGUCGUACACAACGCGAGGCUUAUAGGACCCCUUAACGAUGGCGAGCGGUUCACUGUUGAAGACUUUCUGCUGCUCGAAAGGUACACGAGCCAAGUCUAUGGCGACAAAAUGUCCGAAGUGUUCGAUAAGAAGAAGACUUUGACUAACGACGUAAAUGAUGACGAUGAUGAUCUAUCAGUGGACAUGAGCAACGAAGACCGAUUGAAGGUGAUAUCGGUACUAGCGUCUCGAAGCCCGCGGGUCCGCACGCCUCUACCGGUCGGGCUUCGAACCGAGCAUUCGCUCGUCGACUUACCUCCAAGGAUGAAGAACGAGCCUUCCAUUGAGAUCGUAGCCGUGCUGGACGCGGCGUCGCUGCCGGCGCAGCGCCUGGCGCCGCUGCUGCUGGUGCUGCGCAAGGUCGUCAACUGCCGCCUCAAGCUCUUCCUCAACCCGCAGGACAAGAACUCCGACAUGCCGCUCAAGAGCUUCUAUCGCUACGUGCUUGAACCAGAACUACAGUUCACGUCAUCGGGCGCGCUAACUGGCGGAGCGCUGGCUCGGUUCUCGCGGCUGCCGCACGCGCCGCUACUGUCGAUGGAGCUGCGCACGCCGCCCAACUGGCUCGUGGAGUGCGUCAAGUCUGUCUACGACCUCGACAACAUACGGCUGGCUGACGUGGAAACUGUUGUGCACAGUGAAUUCGAGUUAGAGUACAUCCUUCUAGAAGGCCACGCGUGGGACACAACCCUUGGAACCCCGCCGCGUGGUCUCCAGCUUAUCCUCGGCAGCCGAGAGAAGCCCGAGCUUAUGGACACCAUAGUGAUGGCCAACCUCGGCUACUUCCAGUUAAAGGCCAACCCUGGUGCUUGGAUAUUGCGCCUGCGACCCGGACGUUCGGAGGAGAUCUAUGAGAUCGUUGGCCACGAGAACACGGAUACUCCAGCGGGCACGGAAGACAUCCAAGUGCUGAUGAGCUCGUUCCGCAGCCACGUGAUCAAGCUGCGCGUGAGCAAGAAGCCCGACAAGCAGCACCUCGAGCUGCUAGUUGAGAACGACGAGAAGAACUCCGGCGGCAUUUGGAACUCUAUUGCGAGCUCAUUCGGAGGCGGCGAAGAAGAGGCACAAGAUGAGACCAUAAACGUAUUUUCGGUGGCGUCCGGGCACUUGUACGAGAGAUUCUUGAGGAUUAUGAUGCUGUCAGUGCUCAAGCACACCAAAUCGCCGGUCAAGUUCUGGUUCCUGAAGAAUUACCUCAGCCCUUCACUCAAGGACAUCCUGCCAUACAUGGCGCAAGAGUACGGCUUCUCGUACGAGUUGGUGCAGUACCAGUGGCCGCGCUGGCUGCAGAAGCAGCGCGACCGACAGCGCACCAUCUGGGGGUACAAGAUCCUGUUCCUCGACGUGCUUUUCCCACUGCACGUCAAGAAGAUUAUAUUCGUCGACGCUGAUCAAAUUGUUCGAGCGGACCUGAAAGAAUUGGUGGAUUUGGACUUAGGAGGGGCUCCAUACGGAUACACGCCAUUCUGUGAUAGCAGGAGAGAAAUGGAAGGAUUCAGGUUCUGGAAGCAAGGCUACUGGCGCAACCACCUACAAGGCCGCAGCUACCACAUCAGCGCUUUAUACGUGGUGGACCUACGCCGCUUCCGCCGCAUCGCGGCCGGCGACCGCCUGCGAGGACAGUACCAGGCGCUCAGCCAGGAUCCCAACAGCUUGUCUAACCUCGAUCAAGACUUGCCAAACAACAUGAUACAUCAAGUGGCGAUAAAAUCACUGCCGCAGGAGUGGCUCUGGUGCGAGACUUGGUGCGAUGACAGCUCCAAGAAAUAUGCGAAGACCAUUGAUUUGUGCAACAACCCACAGACGAAGGAAGCAAAGCUGUCGGCGGCGAUGCGCAUCGUGCCCGAGUGGCGCGAGUACGACGCCGAGCUCAAGGCGCUGCAGGCGCGCGUGCGCCGCGGCCUCUACCAGGCCGCCGACACCGAACAGGAAAUUGAUAGCGGCCAUGAUGAAGAAACUGCACCCAGUGAUAGUCAACCAAAAAAAGAUCACGAGGAGCAUACCGAGUUAUGAUGAACUAAAGUGAUGAUAUUACAAUUUUAGUUUUAAAGGUUAUUCCAAUUUUUGUUGAAUGAUUCUAAGUGUCAAUGGUUGAGUGUGCUCAAUUUUCGUUAAACAAGUGUAAUGUCAUGGUGAAUGUUCGCGAAUAUCUCGAAUCUAUAGUAGAUUGAAAUAGAUUCGCGAUAUUUGUUACACAAAUAAUAUACGAUCGGUAGGUUCAAAAACAUUGCGUGUAACGGUUGAGGUGGCACGAUUUUUUACAAAUUAGUCAAAUUCUAUAUAAUAAAUAUUACAUUACAGAUCACAUUUCCGUAUUUCUAACCACACUCAAGUCCCCAUAUGUCAUAUCUACAAUCUGCACUGUUAUUUUGCAAAAGGAAAAAGUGCCGCUAGGUGCCUUCCUGUUAGCGAUGAUACAUACUCGUACAUGGCUGACAAAGUAUUCCAUUCAAUGCAGUACACAGCGCACACUUUAGUGUGCCCCUGUUUAACGCAUUUAUGUAUAACCAAAUUUUACCCACCCUUAAGCCUUAUUAUUCCAGUAAAUUCUAAUUUGUUCUUAAGAAUGUUGUGAUUAAAUAUUAGCUUCACAAUUUUCUUGCUAGUACACUCAACAAAAUCUACCAGUGUUCGUUCGUUUUAGAUAAAUAAUGUUCACUGCUGGACACACCAGUGUAGUCUCGAAAAACUUUUCGUGACGUCGUUUACUUCACUUUUAAAAUGUUUUCAUGCCAUCUUUAACAAAUAGUGAAUAAGCUAAGAGAAAAAUGAUGUGAUUUAGUAGCUAGUAAGCAAUGUUGAUUCUUACGGUACUGUUUAAAAUCUAGACACACUGAAUUUAUUUUUUUAUUUAAAAUUUUAAAAACUUUGAUACAUAUUCCCCGAUGUAUCUUUAUAAAUAAUCGUAUGUGAUCUCUCACUUCUGUAGUACAUUCUUAUUAUAUCAAAUAAAGUUAUUAAAAUAAACUUCAAUAUUAUUGAACAAAUUGUAACUUGUAGAAAUAAUAUUCGGAAAACACAUUUUGAUUGUUCCAAAAAAGUUUUAUAACUGCAUUGCAACGCCAUUUUUGUACUAGGCCUUCGAGGCGGUUUUCCUGUAAAUAAAUAACAUACAAUAUU